AUGUGGCAACUCGAGCGCCAAGAGUUUCUUCGCUUUCUGAAUCAUUUCGCGCAGACUUACCCUGCUUCCAACGCCGACCCCGCACUCGUGGCCAACUGGUUCGGUCAGAUCCUUGCCUUCCGGAACACACACGAACCCAAUGCACUGAGGAUCUGGUUCAAUGGAGCUCGAAUGCAGUCCAUCGUCGCCCGCCAACUGUCCGAGUACCUGCGGUCACGAGGAUAUGUGUUGGCCAGCUUGACGUUCAUCGUGAACGACGUAAUGGAAGCUCGGGGUCUCUCUCAUCGUCUACUUCAAGAUCAACGCCGAAACCAAGCCUCCGAAGACCACCAUUACAACUACCUCGUUCACUUUGAUCUCGUCAAGUUUGGCCCAAUCGAACGCGACGUCAUUCUCAACCGCCUUCAACCGUCCGUCGACCCCCGCUCCGACUCCGCCGAGGACGAUCUGAAAAAUAGCGACAAAACCAUCCCAUCCCUCUCCGCGCUUCAGAAACAGCUAUCCAGGGUCCUCUACUGUCUAGCGAUUUCCAACGGCAAGAUCCGAGCCAUCCCGAAGAACUGGUCUUCGGAAGCGUCCCUUCGUUCCAGCUCGUGCUUACUGGGGCUCGUCGAGGUCCGAGAACACGAACUCAACGUCACAGUCUUAGUCAGGGACGAUCCAUCAGAGACCACACCCGCCACACCCGCCAGCGGCGGUCGCCUCUGCCUGCACCCACACCGCCGCGGUCAAGCCUUUGGCCACUUCUCCAACUGGCUCAAACGAGAAGAAUGGAGUCAAUUACGCCCUUCAGAGCCUUUGGAAAUGGCUAGGACUUCGCUGGUGACAGCCAACCUCGACUUUCCCGAAAAGGCCUCGCCUGAUCACCACGGCCACAGACGCGCGAGUCUCUCUCGGGAACAAGUGCUGGUUCUCUACGCGGCCGUCCUUGACGAAGCGGACGCUCUGCUCUCUGACUUCAUCCCGCGAAUCAACCACACUGUUGCCGUUGGUGCCUAG